GGUGGCAGUGAGUCCCCCCAAACUCCAACGGCGCUCUGCUCAGUUCCGAAAGCCGACCUCGAGCUGAAAGCACAUCUCGCAGUUUACGCUCUGGGGUUUCCUCCGUGUUAAGUUACGGGCGGGUGUAUCGCUCGUAUACAACGGGGGUUAACGCGCGGGUCAACCCAGGCUCGUUUAUUCGAAGAACGAAUCUUGAUUUUCGUAAAAUCUUGCUUCACGUGACAUAUGGUGUGACAAUCUUUUACAGGCAUCGCCUAGGAUCUGCUCCGAGGUGUGGAUCGUUAUUAGUGCUUAAAAAUACACGAAGUAACCUAUCGAAGUGUCGGACUGAAGUUGCUCACGCCGAAAUGACAGUUUUUUUUUUCAGCCUGAAAAAUAUAGGGGGUGCGUCCUGAUGGAAGUACAGAUAUGGAACAAUGUGAAACACGGCAAGGGUCAAUUACCCACCUCCUAAUUCCGGCACGGUAUUCUUCACGCGUAUGCAUUCAUUGCUGAUAAGCGUUAUCGAGGUGAAACCUGAAAAAAAAAGACUUAGCACCGUUAUAACCAAUGCCGCGUAACACGUGGUGAACCUGGUCGAAGAGAUCGUGAAAUAUCGUGCCAUGGGAACUUAGUACGACGUAGAAGGUGCGUGUCCUGAUGUUAAGGUGCUGGAAGGUUCAGUGAGGUCAGUCAGACUGUCGACGCGUGACCAAUAAGUGAUGUCAGUGAGAAUCAGCACGUACGCGUACAGAGAGUGAAAUCGUAUUUUGCCGCAUUACAUGUUGUAAUAAUACAAAUAUAAGUGUUAAAAGUGACUACUGCAUUCGGUAGAAAAAGUUCGUAGGGAUGCCGUGAUGGGGUGCAGCUCGAGGUCAUUCUUCGUAGCCACAUUCUUCGUGGGCGCACUCCUGUCGAUUGUCCUGCUGAUCGAGGUGUCCAGUGCUACACGCUCCAGGAAACGAGGCACUACCGAUACACCACGUGGAGGCUCCGUGAACGAGGCUGGUCUUUUUGCACUUCGCGGAAGACAAGAGGGCGGCAGACGAUUCAAAAGAACCACCAGUACCACCAGCACCAUCAGUCCCAAUCCGAACAUCAGAACCAAGAGCAUCACCACUGUUUCACCUGCGGUGACUUCGCUGAUCGACGAUGUGGCACAACCUGCGGCACUUUUGGCUCCCGACGAAGAACCAUGGCCUACGAGCCCACCCAGCACUACCAACCUUCCAAUUUCGUCUUCGACAAUGACACCCAGGCCACCCGUCGAAUGCGUCGUGAAGCCUCACGACAAGGUCGUUCUCCCUUGCGAACUCAACGGAAAUUACUCCAGACUCCUAUUACCAGCGAGCAGGAGCUACAGGAUACGACCGGCAACCUGGCUACACGAAGGAAGUCCCGUCGAUAUGAUCACCAUAGAUACACGAACGGAAAUGAGUGGCACUGGACACAGAUAUAUCGGCGACUCUUCGACGGCCGCGUUGCAUAUUGAUAACGUGAGGCUCGAGGAUGACGGGAUGUGGACCUGCACCCUUGAAGAUGAUCGGGGUAAAAUCCUCGUCGGCAGACCCGUUCAGCUCGUCGUUCUGGAGGCACCUCGGGGGACGUAUCUGUUGAUAGAUGGCCGUCGCUUAGAUCCAGGAAACCAGUUCGUCCCCGUUAAGGAGGGUUCUGAACUGACUUUGGAAUGUGCUGCAGAGGGUGGGAAUCCACCACCCGUUCUCGCUUGGGGUAUGACACUCUCGCAAGCCACCCUCGACGGUCCACAGCAACCCCCGGACAAUCUGACAAUCUUACCAACCACCCUUGGCAGACGAAGCGGCGCCCAUCUUAAGGUUCUUCGCGGACAUCACAACGCGACGAUUACCUGCGUCGCGCGACACGUCACUCUUGCGACGCCUCUCAACGCCAGCAUCCUCCUCGACGUACAAUACACUCCGUCGUUUGCAAUAACGAGAUUACCCGGAUUUGGUAUACCGAUCGUCGAGGGUAUGUCUGUCAGUCUGAAAUGUGAGGUGGAUAGCAAUCCAUCCAGCUCACCAAUUUGGCAACGGGACAAUGGACCACCUCCAGUGGAGCAGAGUGACGACGGAUGGUUGAAUUUCACGAAAAUUACUCGCGCCGAAAGCGGCUGGUACAAGUGCUAUACGCGACACAUGCUUGGUAUUUUCACAAGCAUCGGCUACUUCCUGAACAUUCGAUAUGAUCCAGACUUGGAGACGGAAGCCGAGGCUCUCAACGGGGAGGCCACGGAUUCACGAAAAAUGGAAGUUCAAAUCGGCGGUGCAGUCACUCUCGAAUGUGACGGCGGAUGCUGGGGACAUGGACCAGGGAUGGAACCUGUCGGUGGGCCUGGACCACUUGCCCUGAGUCGUGUUGUCUAUCAGGAAGCCGGUGAAUAUCGAUGCGUCGCUCCUGAUAGAAAAAUGCAGGAUACCUGGCGAGCGCAGUUACCUUAUCACGUCAAAGUUACCGGAAAACCAAUGGUACUUCCACCCUUACAAACGAUGACGGCGAACGAGGGCGAAUCACUCGACGUUGUGGUGGAAUUUUGCGCGGCGCCUUCUUACACGAAAGUUUUAUGGUUGUCGAAGGAAAGUGUCUACGUUCCCGGCGCUACGGCUCGCGAUGGCGUUCAAGCACUUACGAUAGAGGACGGUGGCACGGAGGCAUGCUUCAGGACGGUUUUACGUUUCGAAACUGUCCAAUGGUCGCAUGCCGGUGAAUGGCUACUGCUGGUCCGGUCGCCGGAAGGGAUUGCGGACGCUUCCGUUUUACUCAACGUGACGCGAGCAUCCGGUUACAGCCACGCCCACAUCCGAUCACUAAGUUUCCCAAACCUUUUUCUCUGUCUAAUCCUAUCGGUACUCGUACAGCGCCGUCGUUGAACUGCCGGUUCGCGUGAUAUAGAAUAGAACGAAAUCUCUCGACAAAUAAUAAGGCUCUCGCCCCACGACGCCUCCCUUGGUAAAGGGAAUACCGGUGGAUAAGAACGAUAUCCGCCGGAAGUGAAGUGCGCUGUAAUGUAGAUAAUUACUUUUUAUAAAGUGAACCCUAUAUAAGACAGGUUGGUAAGAUCAGUAUUACGAACGAAUUUAAUUAACGUUUAAACGCGUAUAGUGUCAAUAGACGUGUACGUAAUAAAUUGCUGUACGAUCGUGGGACGCGAUUGAUCGUACUAAAAGGAAUAUAAGUGAAUCUCGAACGGAGCCAAUUUAGAAAUAUAAAUUUAUUCCAGCUGGCGCAAAACGAAUGACACGAUAUUUCUAGUAUCUAAACGUGCUUACGUUGUGACGUCCAUAAUCGCUAAUGCAGUAUUGGCCUCAGACCUUCCCGGCUCAAUCGGGAUAUAAUUCAUUACAAUUUAUAGUAUAUUCUUAUAUAUUGUUGACCCAUACAGAAUAUUAUCAGCCAUCAUUCUCGUUUCUCUCGUUUACGUAUCCUCGGAAUUCUUAUUGCUCUCAUACACGCCUAUACUACUCCCUGUAUAUACACAGAUAUUCACUGUAUAACGAGUCAAUAUAGAUGAUCAGUUUUUUUAAGUGAUUAGACGAAGAAAUCCUAAACAUAAGUUUAUGGAAAAUUACGUGUAUAUCGAAACACACAAAUUACGACGGUCCUUAUUUCUUGAUGCGGUCGCAACGGCAAACCUUUAAUUAAAGAUAUUCAUUGGCUCAACUGAAAUUACGACUGUUUCAAUUGUACCGUAAUAACGUAACGAGGUGUUGCUAAUUGUUUAAGGGAGUACAAUACAUUUAUUUCAAGUUUCACAGUGAGUCUCGUCGUCAUUGAGUUUCUGCUAGUUAAGACAAAGGAAUUCGGAGGAACGUCAUUCCCAGAAAAAUAUAAAAUCAUUUUGACAUAAUUGGACUCGUUUAGUAAUAAUGGGAACUGUAUUCUAUGUAAAAGUAAUAAUUUCGCAUUGUACAUAAUUGUAUAGAUAAUUUAUACGUAUUAUGGUAAAAUGGAACGUUUGUAUUGUCGUUUGCGAGAAAUCUUUGAGAUUAAUGAGAAAGGACGAUAUAUAUAUAUAUAUAUAGAUAUAUAUAUAGAAACACACAUACUAUAUGUGUGUACGAUGCGGUGAGGUAAAAUUUUCUUUAAAGUGAGAAUUUUACGUGCAAACAGACGCUUUCGUGGAAACUCGGAACGAGUCCGUGAAAACGAAACCAUAACGAGGCAAAACUUCAUGGGGUACAUGCUGGAAAAUACGUCAUCGGUUGAUGAAAAAUUAUCGUGCUAAAUAUUGUAGCAUGGUGUAAAGGCGAAAUAUUAUUUAGGGAAGUGACGUCGAGUAUUAAGGAUAUAUAGGUAAAUGAAUAAAUAAAUUGUUGUAUAUUAUAUUAUAGGUCACCAGAUUUGUAAUAUGUACAUAGGUCAUUGUAUAUGUAUAUGGGCUAUUACACGAUAUAGCCUAUAACGACUUAUGUAGGGACAUUGUUAGAUAACAUAUAUUUAUUAUUCGUUGAUAUAUUUUUGUAAAGUUUUAUUUAGUUAUAGAUUCCUCUUAUCGUCUCGCUAUGUCAUCUCGUCCGGUUAUUAUUUUGCUCAUUGGCGGUUAAGACAUUAAAUAAUUUUCCUCGUUGCUUCUCGUCAGCGUUCGUCGAAAAAACGGCCGAUUAAAUUGUCGCGCAAUCACUCGUGAAAAUUGAAUGGGUUAUUGAAAAAUUCUUGUAUGAAGCGAAUCUUUGUCAUUUAUGUAAUCUGGUUGCGUAAGAGCGACAGAGAGAGAGAGAGAGAGAGAGAGAGAGAGAGAGAGAAAGAGAGAGAGUAAUAAAUUUAAUUCUUGGCCGUCAUGGGCGCAUUUUUCAUAAGCGAAUAAACGUGAAAAAAGUAGAUGAUGUUGAAUUCGGUACCAGGACUUCAUUUUGGGUAUUUCUAUUUUAAUUAAAAAAAAUUUGUUUGAAACCAAAGAAAGACACAAAUUCAUACGAUAAUUUCUCAUACUGAUAUUAUAGCAUUAAAAAAAAUAUUUUUUUUUGUACAUUAUCCAAUCCCUCCGUAUCUUGUAUGUUAAUGAUAUUGCGUGUAUGAAUGGAUACGUUUUCUCCAUGUUUAUGACCAAAAUGAUUUUUAAAAAUGUGGUAUAACUGUUCAAGUGACGAGCGUAUAUAACAGGUAAGUAAGAUUUUCACCCUUAUAAGACUAUACUAUAGCUCUCGUAAUGUAAUCUUGUAAUGGCAGCUAAUAAUUUGCGCGUUGCAAGUUGCAGUUAUCAUUAAGGACAAGUAUGUGUUCUAAAUAGAUUUAAAUAUUGCGAUUUUCUGAUAUGAAUUUAUUAAGGAGAAAUCGCUUUGAAAAUUUUCACUUUUAUUCGAGAUAAUGUUUUACAUUAAAUCAAUGGCAGGUUAUACAUUCGUACGUUAUAUGUCGAUAGGGUUUAACGGAUAGUUGAAUUAUAUUCGUUAUGAGUCAUGGACGCGUUUCGAUAUAUGUGUAAUGAUAAUGUAUCUCCUAAUACUCGCUCAGAUGGAAUUAAAGAUAAUUGCGAUCUAUUGUUGCGCAAAUAUAUAUUUUAAAACUUGUAUCCGUAAUCGGAACAGAUUUGGCCGUAAUUGUAACGUGUAGCACAAGAUAUUGUUGAAACAAUUCAUUUAACGAUUUGCCACUCAUUAUCAUGCAAUUAUUCGCGCAUAGGGGCGAUAAUGAGUAAAGAGUCUGGUACUAAUAGUCAUUGCGUAAUUUCAUUUGUCAAAGUAUAAAUGUACCGAUUGACAGAAAGCCACAUUCUGUUUGUAAUGCGAUUGAACGAUUAUGAGGAUCGAAUUUUUUGUCGUUUUGCGAAACGUUGCGAAAUUUCAUAUUGUAAAUAAAUAUUCAAUUUUUUUAUAACUGUGUGGUAAAGUCUGCGAACGCUUAUUUCGUAAGAAAUCGGAUGCAGGUCUUGUGAAUGAUUAAAUAUAUAAAUAAUGAACGUCAAAGACGAUCCACGUAUUAAUUAUUGAAUGCGACCCCGCAUCCGAUGUUUUACAUGCAAAAUAAAAGGAUUUUUUUGCGAGGUAGGUUACGGACUUGUUAGUAAAAAAAAGAACAAGGAUUAACGUGAUCCUUAAUUAAUUUAAGAGAAAAAAAAAAUGGGAAAGUCAAUUUGUACAUAGAAGUACGUAAGGAUAAUAAAUCAACAGAUUAAUAGAUAAUUAAGAACGCGUUAAUUGUCGCAAAUGAACAAUACUAUUAUCGAAAAUUAAAAUAACAUUGAAAAUGCAAUAGUGUCUCAUAAUAAUGCCAGGACGUUACUAAAAAAAAAAUUCCCUAAACCUUGUCCCUAUAUAUACCCAUACCUAGUUCGUCAUAAUUCUAUAGUAAUUUCAGAUGGACCCCCCACUAACAAAUUGUCAAACUACGAUACCCUUGAAAAUAUUGGCAAAAAAAGAGCAACGUGAGAAUUUGCAAACGGUGUCAGACAAGUUUAGCAAGAACAAUGAUUUCGUUCAAUUUAAUUAUGAAUGAACGCGAAAACGAGCUUAGCUAUACGAAACGUACGAGUUUCGUUCUUCAUGUAAAAUAGAAUGACAUGGGAAAUCAUUACCACCAAAGGAUACCUACUUUCAAUUUAACUUCACAGGUAAUGAUGUUCCGCGUGUGACGAAAGAUUCAAUGAAAUUUCGGUACACUUGAAUUCCCAUAUUCUACGGCAUCCUACUUUGACGUUUACCAUUAACCUAACAAAUAAUGGCCAUCGCGGCUACUAUACUUACUAUACAUAUACCUAUACCGUCAGAGAUUUGAUAUCCUUACAAUUUUGAGAAUCGGUCGAAUCCACUGGAUGCCGUUGAAUAUUCUUCGUGUGACAUGCUUUCUAAACUCUCGUCUCCCCGUAGCGUUAGAUGUUUCUGUACGCGCAAACUUUUUUCGUAUAUAGUAUAAUAGAUCCACGUCGCCUCGAAUGCCCCGGGCGGUCAAGUCAGAUUAAUGGCGCGAGCAGUAGUUUGUCAUAGGGCAUGCCUUUGUACGCCAUCAGAGAUAGCACUCGAGAGAUUCGUGUGCAAGAUAGAAAGAGACAGAGGCAUAUCGUCCUGCUUGAGUCAUUGCUUGAGUCACUCCUUUGCUCCGUUCUCACUCUCCAUCUUCCCUCUCUCUUCCUCUCUCUCCCGUCUCUAUUUCCACUCCUCGCUACUAAAUCCACCCUAUUAUUUCAACUGCCAAUAUUACACCCUGCGUCUCUCUCGACUGGCACAAGUCAGUCUAAAGUCUUCAAAAAAAAAAAAAAAAAAAAAAAAA